AUGGGGAUCCGAGAGUUUCCUGGCAGCGCACCCAGGGGCAAAGGCAUCGCCAUUGGCAUGAGGAGGUCACCGGACGUCAGCCCCCGGAGACUGUCAGACAUCAGCCCCCAGCUCCGGCAGCUCAAAUACUUGGUGGUGGACGAGGCGAUUAAGGAGGAUCUGAAAUGGUCGCGCUCGGUGGAGGACCUCACCAGCGGGCCCGUGGGGCUCACGUCCAUCGAGGAGCGGAUUCUGCGCAUCACCGGCUACUACGGCUACCAGCCUUGGGCGACGAGCUACAAAAGGGAGGAGCGCCCCCGGGACUCCCCGGGCCCGGCGGAGGCCCAGGCGCCGGCGGGCACCGAGGCCGGUGGGAGAUCGAGCCGCCGCUGCUGGAGAUGCUCCCGCGCGCAGCUCAAGAAGAUCUUCUGGGGUGUGGCGGUGGUGCUGUGCGUGUGCGCCUCCUGGGCGGGCGCCACGCAGCUCGCCAAGCUGACCUUCAGGAAGUUCGAUGCUCCCUUCACCCUGACGUGGUUUGCCACCAACUGGAACUUUUUAUUCUUCCCCUUGUACUACGCGGGGCACAUCUGCAAGUCAGCGGAGAAGCAGUCAGUGAAGCAGAGAUACAGGGAGUGCUGUCGAUUUUUUGGAGACAAUGGCUUGACUUUGAAGGUGUUUUUUACCAAGGCAGCACCCUUUGGUGUUCUUUGGACUCUCACAAACUACCUGUACUUACAUGCAAUAAAGAAAAUAAACACUACGGAUGUCUCCGUAUUGUUCUGCUGCAACAAAGCUUUUGUGUUCUUGCUCUCAUGGAUCGUUCUCAGGGACAGGUUCAUGGGAGUGAGGAUCGUGGCCGCCAUCCUCGCCAUCGCUGGGAUCGUGAUGAUGACCUACGCGGAUGGCUUCCACAGCCACUCCGUCAUCGGCAUAGCCCUGGUGGUGGGCUCGGCAUCCAUGUCCGCCCUCUACAAGGUCCUGUUCAAGCUCCUCCUGGGCAGUGCUAAGUUUGGAGAAGCCGCCUUAUUUCUUUCCAUUCUGGGUGUGUUUAACAUCCUCUUCAUCACCUGUAUUCCUGUCAUCCUCUACUUUACCAAAGUGGAAUACUGGAGCUCUUUUGAUGACAUUCCAUGGGGAAACCUUUGUGGAUUUUCAGUCCUCUUAUUGACAUUCAAUAUUGUAUUAAAUUUUGGAAUUGCUGUUACAUAUCCAACUCUGAUGUCUCUUGGAAUCGUCCUCAGCGUACCUGUGAAUGCAGUGGUUGAUCACUACACCAGUAAGAUCGUUUUCAACAGCGUCCGGGUAAUUGCCAUCAUCAUCAUCGGCCUGGGCUUCCUCCUCCUCCUCCUGCCUGAGGAGUGGGACGUCUGGUUGAUUAAGCUGCUCACUCGCCUCAAAGUGAGGAAGAAGGAGGAGGCGGCUGAGGGUGGAGCAGACCUGGGCUUGGGGCUUCAGAGCAAGAGCAGAAGGGCCCGGCCCUCCUUCGCCCGCUGA